AUGCCGGAAAGUGACAGCGACGUAGAAGUGAUUGCUGGCUCGUCGUCAAGCCCCGGGUCUGCAUCAGACGUCAUGGCCCGCAAGUCACAGCCCCCGUUUCAGCAGAAGAAGCCCCAAAGCCGCGCGUCAUCUACGAGUACAUUGUCAGAUGCUAUCAGGGACGUCGUCAAUGUUUCGCUGGGGAUUCUUCACCUGCAAAAGCCCGCCCAUCGAGUCGACGACUCGUUUUGGACCUUACGGCGUUCGCUCGGCCGGCUAGAAUUUGUCGUGCUUCAUGAGCUCUCCUUCGAUACGUACAUGACACAUCCACAUCAGCUCUUGGCAACGUUCUGCCUUGACUUACUCGCCUCCUGGAUGCCGGAGGAGUUUGAAAAGUUCGACAUCCGAGAACAAGCGUUCGCCAUUCUCCGUGACUGCCACAUCGUUCCCGAGUUUGUGCUCGACGCCGCUACGGGAGUCUGGCGCUUGUGGCGCUCUCGCUCGUGC